CAACACCGGAGCAGGGGGGGUGAGGGGGGGGGAGAGGGAGCAGAGGAAAGGGGGAGGCACCACUGAAAAGGACUGACUUUCUGCAGCCGUGAGUCAGAAGUGAUGACUCUCCACCAGGGAAGUAUCCGUCUCCUCACAAAGAAGCACUUUGCGUGCCAUGAAGUGGCUUUAAGAAGCGGAUUAUUUUAAAAACUCUCAGCCCUUCUCAGUGGAUUUAAAAACUUUUUAAGCUUUCUUUUUCCACUAUUUUUUUGAAAACUUUUUUUUUUGACUUUCAUGCCUUCAGUUUCACCACAGCCGUUUGACUCCUGCUCCUCACAAAAUCCCCCCCACCCCCUACCCCCCCCCCCCCCCCACGAAGGGGGCCAAGUGUUUCAAGGGGUCCAGACCCCUGACUUCCACGGACGCCGGGGGAUUGCACGGCCCAGGAGAGUGAGAGUCAGCGGGGGCGGCACGGGACCGGUGACUUGCUGGAUCGGCGUGUGCGACCUGUGAUGACCACAGGGGCGGCGACGUCUCAUCUGCCGGGACGGCAAGGAGUUUAACGGGGAAGCCGAGCGGUGAGGACCGGCAUCUGAGACCACCCACAUCAAGGUCACGAACACCCCCACAGCCCAGAGACUAGUAGCGUGAUGCUCCUCACAGUUGUUCUGGGGCUGCUUUUGGCCUCAGGGCCUCUAAGCAUGACGGCGGGAGGGGCUGAGGAGUUUGAGAGCAGUAACGAAGGCCCAGAGAAAGACUUUCUGUAUGCAGAGCAGCCACCGCCGCGGACGAGGUACGGGCGCUCCCCUGACGACGCCCAGCAGCCGGACAAGUGCUCCUACACCUUCAUCGUGCCGCAGCGGAAGGUGACGGGCGCCAUCUGUGUGAACUCGCGGGAGCCGGACGCUCUUCUGGAGAACCGCGUCCACAAGCAGGAGCUGGAGCUGCUGAAUGGGGAGCUGCUGAAGCAGAAGCGGCAGAUUGAGACCCUGCAGCAGCUGGUAGAGGUCGAUGGCGGCCUGGUCAACGAGGUCAAGCUGCUGCGCAAGGAGAGCCGCAACAUGAACUCGCGUGUCACGCAGCUCUACAUGCAGCUGCUGCAUGAGAUCAUCCGCAAGCGGGACAACGCGCUGGAGCUCUCGCAGCUCGAGAGCCGUGUGCUAAACCAGACGUCUGAGAUGUUGCAGCUGGUCAACCGAUACAAGGACCUGGAACACAAGUACCAGCACCUAGCAGCGUUGGCUAACAACCAGACAGCCACCAUUGCCCGGCUGGAAGAGCAGUGCCAGAGAGCGCCCCCUGUGGUCCGGCCUCCACCACUACCUAUGCCCCAACCCCUGCCUCAGCCUCAGCCACCACCUCAGCCACCUCUCAACAAACCUUACCAACCACCGACAUACACCCGCAUCACCAACCAGAUCACCAACGAGAUCCAGAGUGACCAGAACCUCAAAGGCCCUUUGCUUCCCACAAUGCCCAAUGGAACACACAGUCCGUCCAUCAGCAACACUCCAUCAGGGCCAUUUAAUGACUGCCUGCACGCGCUGGACGAGGGCCACGCCGACAGCGGCAUGUAUCUGGUGAGGCCCGAGAACGGCAACCAGCUCAUGCAGGUGUGGUGCGACCAGAGACACGACCCCGGCGGCUGGACCGUCAUCCAGAGGAGGCAGGACGGGUCAGUAAAUUUCUUCAGAAACUGGGAGACGUACAAGCAAGGCUUUGGGAACAUCGACGGGGAGUACUGGUUAGGUCUGGAGAAUAUCUACUGGUUGACGAACCAGGGCACCUAUAAGCUUCUGGUCACGUUGGAGGACUGGUCGGGCCGGAAGGUGUUCGCGGAGUACGCCAGCUUCCGGGUCGAGUCGGAGGCCGAGUUUUACAAACUGCGGGUGGGGCGUUACCACGGCAAUGCAGGAGACUCCCUGACCUGGCACAACAGCAAGCAGUUCACCACGCUGGACAGGGACCAUGACGUGUACACAGGUAACUGUGCCCACUAUCAGAAGGGAGGCUGGUGGUACAACGCCUGCGCCCACUCCAACCUCAACGGUGUGUGGUAUCGGGGGGGCCACUACCGUAGCCGCUACCAGGAUGGAGUCUACUGGGCGGAGUUUAGGGGCGGAGCCUACUCCCUGAAGAAAGUGACCAUGAUGAUUCGGCCAAACGCCAACACCUUCCAUUAAGGGAAGAAAGCAAUGAAACACAACGGACAAUUUAUGUCUAGGCUGGACCUCAGUGCCCCGAGUGUUUUUAGUAUUCCAAGGUCUUUACAUCAGCUUUUAUGUUCUGCUUUUUUCAAUCUAUCUUGUAUAUUUUCCUAUAAAUAUGUAGACAUUUCAGUCUGGGGAGUGCAAUGACCUCAGAGAAGGUCAGACAGUCAUGCCAGUGGCAUUGUCCCGUAAAACUCAUCCUGAAAGCCUUUGAGCAGGUUCCCUCCAUUCUACACAAUAAAGGGUGAUCGCUGAAUGUUUUUCUUGCUUUACGUUUCACAGCAGUCACACGGCAAUGAACGAAACAUAUGAGAAUUACUUUCUCCACAUUACAUCCCAUUUCCUUAUACAUCAAACUUGAAAAACACUAGCAAAAAAAAAAAGACCCCAUGCAUAGAGUAGUAUUUACCGUGCUUGAAGAGGUGUUUAACAGCAAACCGUGCCAUUUAAUUCUUCAAGGCAUUGUCUAUAAAUAAUAUGUAAAUAAUCAAAGCUUUGUACUGAUGCCAUUAUGAGCCAAGAGUGCUAGUCUUGAAAAUAUUAAUCGUAAUCAAUGUCUGGGUGAAAAUCUGACACAGGAGUACUAAUCCAGUGACAUUUAUGGACAUAUACAUUUGAAGGUAAGCAUUUAAUGUAAGUCAGUGGGUAACUUUAGUUGGAUCUGUGUUGUGAGAGAACCUCAGAUUGAGAUAAUGGCGCAUUUUUCUGGGACCAAGGAACACAAGGCAGUGCAGCACUGUUGUGGACUCUGUACGUGCUGUAAGAUGUGUUCCCUGUGGAUAGGGGGUGCUUUGGGGAUGGGGUCUAGCUAGAGAGUCCAUGCAGCCAUCUCAAAGGCCCAAGAGAAGGUAUGUAAUCUCGCAUUGUCCUCAGCGCAUCGGUCUGCUGCGAGUGUGUGAAUGAGCGAAUCUUCACAUUGGCUCAUGUAUGUUUUUUUUUUUUUGUGGUGUAGUGAGAAAAGGAAACAAAGCUCUGGAUUAUAAAUUACGAUAUAUAUAUAACGAAACCCAAAUCCAGAUUUGGUUGCGUGCAUGUUAUGGCAAUCUAUCGAGGCCAGUUCUUUAGUGAUGUAAUUGUACAGCAUCAUCAUCAAUCAUAAUAAUGAUGCAGUUAUACUCACAGACAUGAUCUUUACUCAUUUUAAUAGCAAACCCUCUCUGACUUAAUUAGAUUCAUGGAAAAAAGAAACACAAAGGUAUAGCUGCAUCACUAGUGUUUUAAAAAUGUGCAGAAUGGAUGAGAAAAACCAUCUACACCAUGCAGACCUUAUUGAGACAUGAGUGAAUGAAGACCUUCUGAUGUGGAAAAGUUACUUCACUGGUUCAGUCACAGUCAUCUACCUUGCAUUCUGGUGUCUAAUGUGAGUCAGUGUGACUGUUAGUAUUUUCAUACAAGGGGGCACUUCAGCUUACUGUUACUUUUACCGUAACUCCAAGCUACACAGACUGUAUAACUGUUGCCACCACAGAGCAACCAAUGUGCCUGUUGUACAUAAAUCAUUGGGUUAAAGUAUUUUUGUAAUGUAAUGCAAAGAGCCCCUAUAUAAUCCAGAUUGUUGCAAUAAACCAUGUACAGCUA